AUUCACACUUUUAGAUAUGCUCAAAUGACUCGGAGUUAGGUUAGUGUAAAGUUGGUCAUGAUCUUGCAUUACAUUUGGAAAUCCACAUAGGACGAAAUUACUUUAAGGAGAUGUAUGCCGCAAGGAGAUGAAUAUGUUGCUUGUAACUAAGACGUCAGGGCUCUUCUUUCUUCGACACCCAUCAUGUCUCGAGGUUGAAUGAUGACGAAGAACUGCUUUUUGGAAGAGCUGCACUCUCCUGCACAGGAAUGAGCACAUGGAAGGAAGAGCUUUUGAGUUUUCAAGCCAACGUGCCCGAAUGCCUCAAAACCAAAUCCGUAUUUCUCAAAUGGGAGGAGGAACCGCCAUCUGUCCAUGAGAUCAUUAUUCAAGUUGAUCAAUAUGGAUUUUUCUUGUCCUAUACAUCAGACUUGGAAAAGGAAAUUAUAAGCAUUGAUUUAUCACAAAUCAGUGAUGUCAGGUUUUGCUUCCCAAAGGAAAAGGUUCGUGAGACAUUAGAGAGUUUCAGUAAGGAGCCUCUUUCGGAUAGGUCAUUUUCAAUUGUGUAUGGAAGCAGUCUUGUAGAUGUGAACUUCCUUCGUAUAUGCUCUUGGUCAGUCCAUAUUGCCAAGGAAUGGGUUAAAGCAAUAAAUAUAUUGAUUGCAAGUAGGAGGUUUCGCAACCCGAGUGUUACCACGUUACUAUCCAAGCAGUAUGCCAAAGUAUGCUCUAUGCAGAAUUCAUCAGGAAAAAUUCCAAUCAAAAACAUUUGCAAAUGUUUGAACGCUACAAGAUUCGAGCAAAGAUUUUAUGAUGGAAUGCAAACUCUUCAGUUACCACAUCUUAAAAAUGACGAAGUUGAGCCAGUGGAGUUCACAUUAGACCAUUUCAACAAAUUGUACACCUUUCUGUGUCCAAGGCAAGAUCUUGACCAAAUUUUCACAAAAAUGUGUGGAGGACGAGCACCAUUCCUAAAACUGAAGCAGCUGGUCAAAUUUCUGAACGAAGAACAACGGGACCCACGACUCAAUGAAAUACUUUUCCCAUUUUAUUGCCACGAUAAAGCAUCAAAAUUGGUAAUCAAAUAUGAACCCUCACCGGAACUAUCUCAAACUAAUCGAAUGGGCUUUGAUGGCCUUGCCCGAUUUCUUAUGAGUAGCGACAAUCUGAUUCUCAAAAAGUCUUAUCUCUCCGAAGAACAUGACCUCAAUCAUCCGCUUUCGCAUUACUUUAUUUAUUCAUCGCAUAACACGUACUUAAUAGGUAGACAAUUCGGUGGAAAGUCUUCCGUUGAGAUGUACAGGCAGAGUUUACUUGCUGGCUGCAGGUGUAUAGAACUAGAUUGCUGGGACGGCCUAAAUGACGAGCCGAUUAUUACACACGGAAGAGCUCUUUGUUCAAAUAUACUUUUUAAGGAUGUCAUUGUAGCGAUAAAAGAGACGGCGUUUGUUGCUACUCCGUUGCCAUUAAUUCUGUCAUUCGAAAACCACUGCAGUCUUUUGCAACAGCGGAAACUUGCAGAGUAUUGCAUAGAGAUUUUUGGAGAAAUGUUAUUGGAUAAGCCUCUUGAUGCUUGGCCGCUUGAAGAGAAUAUGCCAUUGCCGCCACCAAAUCAGCUUCUGUACAAGAUAAUCAUAAAGAACAAGAAGCUGGCACCUGAAAUUGAGAAAGAACUGCUUACUCUAGAGUCAAUAAACAAUCAGGACAAGCCUGAUGUGACAAGAGAUGACGUCAGUUCAGUGGCGGGAGAUCAAAGUGGUUUGAGCAGAUCUAUCACUUUAUCUGGAAAAGGAAAUGCUCCGCAGAAGCGGCUUUCUGUAAUUAACGAAGGUAUCCAGUUUACAGAUAUAAUUGAUGAAGGCGAAUUAGCAGUUGAAGAUUCUGAUGAUAGUAACAAAGAUGACAUUAGUGUAAUGACAUUUGAAACGGAUAUUGCAUAUUUUGAAGAAGGCGAUUAUUCUUUGAGGCAGACUAAAAGUGCAAGUAGAGAUCUGAACAAAAAUGAAGCUGAAAAGCUGCAAAAAGAGAGAAUGGUCGUAUCAAAUGGCGGCAGUCAAUCGUUAGUGGAUGUGUUCCUAGAAAAAACUGAUGCACCGUUUUCUAAUUCAAAAAAAGCAGGCUCUACCAGUGAUAUUACAGCUAUGGGAGACACAAAGGCCCAUGAUCGUUUCGAGUCCCCGAAGUUCACUGUGAGUGACGAAGACGUGUCCCUGCAUAUGCGUGACUCGGUAGAAUCUAUUGAAAGAGUUACGCACGCUAAUCGUAGCAUAGGCUCCGUAUCUUCUGAUACAUCGUCAAUCAAAACAUCUGAAGGCCGGAUACAAUCGCAUCGUGUCAAUCUGCCUCGUUCUUCAAGUAACCCUUCAUUGAGACGACACGGUAUCAAUCGAAAUGCAUCAGGGGAACUGCAGGACACUCGACAUCAAAAAUUAAUAACUGCAAGCUCAGUUGAUGAUGUCAAUGACAGUGACGAUGAAGCGAGACGGGGCAACUCAAGGUCGUCCAGUACAACAUCAUCUAGCACAGUGAAUUCUAGCUUGACCAGGCACUCGAAAAAGUCAUCCCGAGGUACAAGCUUCAGUAGCGAGGAUGAAGAAUCAUUCAACCAGCAAUUUUCAAGUCAGAAAAAUGUUAUCGAUCCGUUAUUGUCUUCCCUGGUCAACUACGUGCAACCCAUGGUUUUCCAGAAUUUCGAAUCGUCUGAAGAGAGAUGUUUAUCCUUUAAAAUUUCAUCAUUUAACGAAUGCUCGGGAAUACAUCUCGUUAAAACUGGGCCUGUAGAGUUCACUAAGUACAACAAUCGCCAGUUCAGUAGGAUUUACCCAAAAGGAACCCGCGUCGAUUCCACCAAUUACAAUCCACAGGCUUUCUGGAAUGUUGGUUGUCAAUUAGUAACGUUAAACUUACAAACAACCGAUGUCCCUUAUCAACUGAACCAGGCUAAAUUUGAAGCAAAUGGACAACUUGGCUAUCUUUUGAAGCCGGAGAUUAUGAGAAGGCCAGAAAAAGCAUUCGACCCGUUCACCGAAUCCCCAAUCGAUGGGAUUAUUCCAGCUACCGUCACAGUAAAAGUGAUUUCAGGGCAAUUUCUAACGGAUAAAAAAUGUCAGACCUACGUUAUGGUAGAACUGUUUGGCCUGCCUGCUGACACGAAAAGAAAGAACAAAACGAAACUCUCUUCAAGCAAUUUCAUGAAUACUUUGUUUGGAGAUGAAUGUUUUGUAUUUACUAAGGUCAUCCUUCCAGAACUAGCUCUUCUAAAAUUAACAGUUUACGAUGAAAGUGACAAGAUCCUGGGGCAACGGGUUCUUCCUCUGGAUGGAGUUCAACCAGGUUAUCGUCAUGUUCCAUUAAGAACAGAGUCUGGUCAGCCAACUUCACUUUCUACUCUAUUCGUACACAUUACUCUGAAAACAUACGUUCCUGAAAAAUUUGCCGAUUUCGCGGAUCGGUUAUUUGAUCCUAUGAAAUAUCAAACGGAAGUCGACAAAAGAAGGGAGCAAAUGCAGGUGUUUGAUAUUUCUGAGAUGGAGGAGGACAUGUUCUCUUCAAAGGAAUCGACUGGCUGCUCCAACCAACCAAAACAGUCCAUCACUUCACUAUUCUCCAUCAGCUCUUCUAUCGGAAGCCCACUGUUUCAUCUUGCGGAAAAUCGGAAAUCUUUUGGAAAAGUUGACAGUGGAACAAAUCUUAUGUUACUCGGAGAGGGUGAUGAGAAGAUUGAUGAACCGGUUUCGUUCGAGGAUCUGAAAAGUGACAAGCAAUUUGUAAAGUUGGUCAAAAAGCACCAGAAAGACGUAGACAUGCUUGAGAAAAGACAUGAUAAGGAAAGAGUUCAGCUACAGAAAUCUAACCAAUCAACUAUAGAGAAGAUAAGAGUCUCUUAUCAAAAGUACAAGCUUUCCGAAGAAAGGCUUUACGAAAAAGCUUCAAAGAAACCCGGGACUUGCAGGCCAGAUGGAAAUAAUGAUCUCCUUGCAAAGUAUAAUCAGAAAAUGCAAUACCUUGAGCAGCGUAUGAACGAAAAGCUUGCAGUAAACGCAUCUAAAAUAAGCAAAGAGGAAAAGAACUUGACUACCACCCAAGCACACGAAAGAGUGGGCCUACGUCUUUAUCAAAUUGCAGAGCAGCUAGAGUAUCUAAAGAUCCUUCUUUCUCAAGCACAACGCAAUGAAGAGAAACUUCUAAAGGACAAGCUAGAUAGAGAGAUGGCUGAGCUGAAAAAGAGGCAAGCAAAACAGUCGAUAGAAGAGGCAAAAAAUUUGAAUUCAGAUCGUUCAAUCAAAAGCAAGGAAGAGAAGGAAAGGUUGCAGAGAGAACGAGACAAACAGAACAUGAGUCUUUUUAUCCUUGAAAGGCAAGAGCUGAUGCGUUGUCACGAAAAAGAGAUGGAAGCUCUGAGUAUCAAGCAUAAAGAAGAGGUUGAAAGGAUGGUAAAGGAACAUAAUCAGAUAAUGGAGAUGGAGAAAGGCAUCUUUCGAAAGGUGACGCUUGCAAAACAGACAGACAACGUCAAGCUUAGCAAAGUAUCACAACGCAUUUAGUUGCAUGAAAGGAAAAAUUUCAAUUUGUUAGUGUAAUUUGAUGAACUGUGUAAUUAGUUUAGAAAAACAUUAUUUGUCAUCGGUUUUCUAAAUGAGGACACCUUGAUGAGGCAGUGGCAGGUUUGUUAUUUAAAAAGGGAAUCAAGUAGCAUAUUUGGGUAUAGAAUAGGUGCUGCUAGUAAAUCGAGAGUUUCCAGGACAAAAGUUUGCUUCAGUUUCUAAUCAAAUCUGGCGAAGUAUGGCAAAAUUUGCCAGAAAAAUUGCUCAAUAUUGUCUUUUAACUGGGUUGUUUGUUAUGAAAUAGAGAGAACAAAGAAACCACCCUGCAUAUAAGUUUUGAAUAUCUAAAAGUUAUUACGUCUUGUUUUUCUGGCAGAUAAAAGUUUGUGUUGACUGCUUUGCGCUUGCCCCUUUCCUCGGUGCACCUAUCGCGAUACAUCGGACGAGUGUUACAAAUGCAAUCGCGAAUAGGAAAAAAGGGUCGAUCAAUCUCAUACAAUGCAUUAGUGCAUCUUUUAACAUAUUUGAAUUGUAACCAAAUUCUCUUUCAUUCGACAUUUAAUCAUAUUGUCCAUUAAUCCUUAUAUCAUAAAAUAAUUUUUCCACAAGACAUUUUAAUACAAUUUUCUUACUGUAGAAGUUAUUCAUUCAUUCAUUCUUUGUUCCAUGUUGAUGGUGUUAUAAUAUGUAGAGCAGUGUUUUUCAACCUUUUUUAUGAACGGCACACUUUUUCAUAAGAAAAAUCAUGAGGCACCCCACCAACAGAAAAGGUAACAAAUGAAACUCUGUGGCCUAUAUUCGCAAUAUUGAGUCAUUCUCAACGAAUCAUCUUGAACAAGACUAAGAUAAGCACAAAGAAAGGUACUUUUUAAUAAAAUAGAAUAUUUUUAUUCACCCAAUGUGAGAUCUGGGCCUGUUUUCUGUUUAACACAUUGUUGAUAUCCUGGCAGGAAUGGAAAAAUGAUCAGUUAAGUGACUUUGGAGAAUUUUCCAUGACAUACCAGACGAUAACUCACUGCACACUAGCGUGCCACGGCACAAUAGUCGAAAUUUCUCUUUACCCUGUAGAACUCCACUUAAACUUGCAGGGUUUUGGAUACUUUUUUGUAUUUCCUUAAAUGCAUCCAUUUUGUACAAGUUUGUGGCUACCGGAGCCAGCCACACUGUGUUUCCACACUUUGCGUAUUUUGGCAUCAUCAUUUGGGAUUAUACACCAAAACCUUAUUUUGUAGCAAUUUUUCAAUUAGGCAACUAUUCAAUUUCCAGUUUUUUGUAGAAUUUCAUACGUUGUUUCUUAAUUUUUUAAUUGCUUUGUGUUAAGUUGCCAAUCUUACGGUUAAUUUUGUAAAUUUCACAUUAGACGUAAAGACCCACGCUUUGGAAGCAGAAUGUAGUCACCGCGUUCUCAGCUUCUUGUUGAAUUAAUUGUAUAAAUGUCUUGGUUUUGAUGUCUAUAUGCAGCUCUUGGUUAUAAAUAUGUUAAAUUCAAUAUCUUAAAAAAUUGAAUUAAUUUUUAAGCUAAUGUAGAAAGAAUCGAGUGAUUAUGAUGAUGAUGAUCGCUUCAUCCAUUUCUGUUACGAAUCAUAACCUGCUAAUAAGUUGGUGUAUUAAAUAGAUGUUAGAAAUGUAACAAACUUUGCUACAUUCGUAAAAUUGAUAUUCAUCUCAAUUUAAUUUUAAGAAGCUGUGUGACUUCUAUUGCCCUUAGACAUGCAAAUAGACAAUGCAUGCCUAAAACUGCCUUCUCGACAUACCUCUGUUGCUUCCAAACUUCCCUACAUUUUUCAUUUAUUUUUUCAACAACUUGUGCUGCUGCCCAUGGCGGAAUUUAUCUUCAGCCUUGGCAUGUCGAAAUUUAGCAGAAUUGUGGUGGAGAGGAGGGGGGCAUAUUCUUGUGUCUGCUUUGGCCAAAUGCGCUAAACUUCUUGACAAUGGUUGUAGGUGCAAUCGUACGAAGGGGAGAUGUAUUCGAAAGCAUGCUCUUGGUUGUGUUUCGUUGUCUUAAACAAUAGUGUGUCAUUUUUGGGGAUUUUGGCAAAUAUAUAAAUCUUGAACAACUGAUCAAUGUGAAAUUUGAUCAGAAACCAGGGCAUGUUACAUGUUAAGUCGUAGUGUUAUUUGAAGGGUUGCAAUCAUAGGAUCAAAUUUAUCAUUGCCGUUGAAUCCGUGGAUCCCAUUCAGAAGACUUUCCUACACCAGGGCGAUACCGGCGUGACCUGCCUUCUUUUCAUGUUUCGAAUUAACAUUAAAAUGAGCAAGCUCAUCGUCUCGCUUUUCUGCUGAACUGAAAACGUGGCUGCAGUUCUUUUCCUAUUCUUUUUUAUUCAGGGCUACCACUGGUGGAAGAAGCAAUCAAUUACCAAAUAUGAAAUUCAAUUUGAUGGUUAAUUGCUUCUGAAAACCAAAUUUUGCAUGCAGUUGGCCAGUAAUGUCGAUUUUUCUAUAAACAUUUGGAAUGGGCGUCAAUUAUUAAGCGCCGAUUAAUUUUCAUCCUCUACGAUAUAUAUAUAUAUAGUGUAGCAGAAAAGGCUGGUCAAUCUUCAGAAACGACUUACAGAGACAGUUGAAUUGAUGACGUCCCCUUUGAAAAUUUGAAUACCGAUAAAGGUUUUUCAAAUAAAUGAAAUGUCGUACCUCACAUUUCGACUAUAUUUUAUCUUAAAGGCCCUUGAGCAAGUGGCAUGCCCUGCGACUACGUUUUCAAAACCGGCCUAAUAUCAUACUGCAUGGAAAUGCAAAAUACAAUAAUUUUCUCGAGACAGCUGCCGCUAAGUAUGCUGGUUGUGCUUGAAGGCCAUCAAGCAUUUUUUGCAUUCUGCAUAUGCAUAGCAGGCUGUGCCUCAAAAUGGGUUUCAUGCAACAAAUGACGUAAAAUCGUUUCUUUUAAUCUGACGUAAGAUGUAAAUAAUUCUUCAGCACUGUAUUUCUCACUCUCGUUUCAUUUGGUUUGUUGUGCCUGAAGAGAAAACACCGAAAAAUGGAGAAAAAGUCUAGACAUAGGAACAAGGAUUUGAAAGAUGCAAUAGGUUGCAAGAUUGAAAGUGAUUCUGACUUACCUUCGGAGAGCCAGAUCCCUAUCAAGCUAGUGGGCGGGAACAAAAGGCAAAAGAAACGAACUGGCACCUCAAAAAAGUCGAAGGCUGCGAAAAGGUUAGAAAGGGAUGACUGGAAUUUGGAGUCAGCUGCAAUCUCCCGACCUCAGUUACUUUCGUCUGAUGAAGAGAGAGAAAACAAAAGAGAAAGAGUAAUGCCAGAUGAAAGUACAUUCAGCUUCAAUAAAUUUUCGCCUCUACCACCGAUUUCAUCUGACGCUAUCUCAGUUCGCGCUUCGACUUUCAUGAACAUCACAAGAAAGGAUUCGAUUGGUGGAAGGACCAAACUCCCGCCCAUUAAGAGACAGCCAAUGGACGAAAAGCCGGACUCAAACAGAAAGAAGAACCAGCCAUCUGGCCGUAAAAAGGAGAAGAAUUUUAUCACCUUCGAGCUCUUGCAUGAAAGGGAGGUAAAAAGUAAGGAGAGGCUGGAAAGGCAUGCUCAAAGGAGAAGAGAGACACUGGAUGGAUGGGAAAGAGAACGAGCUGCAAAAAUUGAAAAACAUCUUCACAAGCUGGAUUUGGCUGAGAGGAAUAAGGAGCAAAUCAGGCAGCACCGUAAACGAAAAUUAGAGUACGAAGAGGAAAAAAGACGGAAAGCAAAAGAGAGGCAAAAUGCAUUGAAGAACAAAUGGAGAUGCGAGUCACAAGAAGAAAUAGACCAUUAUAUAGAGCCCUCACAACAUAAAAUGCCAGAAAUUUAGGUUUGCACAGUUUUGUUAAGCAUAUCUACCAAAUUAGCUUAUUAUAUUGUAUUUGAUUUUUUUUAAAAAGGAAUUAUUACUAGUUCUCGCAUAA